CUGGUGAUGGCUACUCCUCCCCUCCCCUCCGCCCGUACUCUGGACUUUUCUCUACCCUGGCACCUCUCCUGAGAGCUCACUCCGAACGGUCUUCCUCGUUGCUUUUCAUCCCUCCUCCCACUUCCUGCCUUGGCCGACCGCGCGGGCCGCACCUGCAGGACGCGUUUCCAUUGGUGACAUCUUGGCGGGCCCGCCGGUGGCACUUCCUCCUUUACACCCCGUGACCCACGUCCGGCUCGCCGCCCUCGCAGUCACGCGGCCUCUGCCUCCGGGACGCAGCCCCGUGCGCCGGCCUUCCGCACUCCAGGCCCCGGACCCGUCGUGGUGAGCCGCCGCGAGCGGACGACCCCCGCCCGCACUUCCCCCAGCCCCCGUGGCUCCUUGGAACUCCCCUACCUCCUCCCGCGCAGCCGCCCCCUACCCCAGGAACUCUUUCUGCCCCCUCCUCGCUGCCCCAGGAACUCCCCCUCCCCCACCUACCCUGCGUCCCCAGGAAGUCCCCUCGACCCGACCCGGGAGCUCCGCCCCCAGCCCCGGGAGCCGCCCGCCCCCCUCGGGUCCCGGUAACUAUUCCUCGCGCCUCCUCGGAGCCCCUCGGAUUCGAGAGCUCCGCCUGCCCUCCCCCGCGGCUCCGGGAAGCCCGGGCCGGAGAACUCUUUCCCACUUCGCCGCGAAGACUUUCGUCUCUCUCCACGGCCUGAAACCUCUGCCACCCUACCCGGGAGGCCUCUCCCUCCCCCAACCCGUAGUUCGCCCCGCCCCGGAAGCUCCCGCUGACCCCGCCCAGGCCCGUGGAUGGGGCGCCCUGUCGUCGGGCCUUCCUGUAGGGCUUUGCCGACCCAAGGCUGUCGGAUCGGCGGUUGGAGGCCGAGCGAACCCCUUCACGUCCCAGUCCCCCCGCCAGGAGCCUAGCGUCCGGGACUGAUACCGCGCUUCCCGCCGAAAUCGCUCAGACGCGCCCCUGGCGGCCCGCGGCCGCGAGCUUGAGAGCGCAUUUUGAAGCCUGGACGAUUCGUUACCUACCUGGAGUGUCUUCGACUGUGGGCAUCCCCCGGUGUUCUUUAAGCUUGGACUCUGGGUGUCAGAUGCCACUUGUACUUCAUGGCACUUUGUCAGGAGGGGCACCUGUCAUGCCUCUUGUACAAUGAAGAGUCUAUUCCAUUUCUAGUCCCUCAGUGAAACACAGUGAUCCACACAAAGCUGCACCCGAGCUUGUUUGACGUCUCCUCUGUCGAGUGUCCAUGAUGUUGGGCCCUGAGGGAGGUGAAGGCUUUGUGGUGAAGCUCCGUGGCCUGCCCUGGUCCUGCUCUGUUGAGGAUGUGCAGAAUUUCCUCUCCGACUGCACGAUCCAUGACGGGGUCGCAGGUGUUCACUUUAUCUACACUAGAGAAGGCAGGCAGAGUGGUGAGGCUUUUGUUGAACUUGAAUCGGAAGAUGAUGUAAAAUUGGCCCUUAAAAAAGACAGGGAAAGCAUGGGACAUCGGUACAUUGAAGUGUUCAAGUCCCACAGAACCGAGAUGGAUUGGGUGUUGAAGCACAGUGGUCCAAACAGUGCUGACACUGCCAAUGAUGGUUUUGUGCGACUUCGAGGACUCCCGUUUGGAUGCACCAAGGAAGAGAUCAUUCAGUUCUUCUCAGGGUUGGAAAUCGUGCCAAACGGGAUCACAUUGCCUGUGGACCCCGAGGGCAAGAUUACAGGGGAAGCCUUUGUGCAGUUUGCCUCACAGGAGUUAGCAGAGAAGGCUCUAGGGAAGCACAAGGAGAGAAUAGGGCACAGGUAUAUUGAGGUGUUCAAGAGCAGUCAGGAAGAAGUUAGGUCAUACUCGGAUCCCCCACUGAAGUUCAUGUCAGUGCAGCGGCCAGGGCCCUAUGACCGCCCUGGCACAGCCAGGAGGUAUAUUGGCAUCGUCAAGCAGGCAGGCCUGGAGAGGAUGAGGUCUGGUGCUUACAGUGCAGGCUAUGGGGGUUAUGAGGAGUACAGCGGCCUCAGUGAUGGCUAUGGCUUCACCACCGACCUGUUUGGGAGAGACCUCAGUUACUGUCUCUCUGGAAUGUACGACCACCGGUAUGGAGAUGGCGAGUUCACUGUCCAGAGCACCACUGGACACUGCGUCCACAUGAGAGGUCUGCCCUACAAAGCCACAGAGAACGACAUUUACAACUUCUUCUCCCCGCUCAACCCUGUGAGAGUCCACAUUGAGAUUGGCCCUGAUGGAAGAGUGACCGGCGAAGCUGAUGUUGAAUUUGCCACUCAUGAAGAAGCCGUGGCGGCCAUGUCCAAAGACAGGGCCAACAUGCAACAUCGAUACAUAGAACUUUUCUUGAAUUCCACGACAGGGGCCAGCAACGGGGCAUAUAGCAGCCAGAUGAUGCAGGGCAUGGGCGUGUCAACCCAGUCCACUUACAGUGGCCUUGAGAGCCAGUCUGUGAGCGGCUGUUACGGGGCUAGCUAUGGUGGCCAGAACAGCAUGGGUGGAUAUGAUUAGUUUUGUUAGUAGCUUUUGAGUUAUUUCAGUCAAAUUUUCACAGGCAGCCAACAAGCAGUGAAAAGCAGUUAUUACUCUAGAGGAAGCUAUGGGACCCAUUUUGCACCAUGAGUUUGUGAAAUCUGGAUUAAAAAAUUACCUCUUCAGUGUUUUCUCAUGCAAACUUUCUUCUAGCAUGUGAUAUUGAGUAAACAAACUAUUUUCAGCUUUUCUCAAUUAACAUUUUGGUAGUGUACUUCUGGAGUGAUGUUAUCUGAGUUUAAAGUAGAUUUAAGUAUGUUAAAUGUGGAUCUUUUACACCACAUCAUCGUGAACACAUUGGGGAGGCGUGCUUUUUUGGAAAACUCAAGGUGCUAGAUCCCUAAUUCAAAGAGGACAUUUCUCAUGUUUGUUCAUUCUAGUUUAUUUUCAUUUAAAAUCUCUUAGGUUAAGUUUAAGCUUUUUAAAAGUUAGUUUUGAAAAUUGAGACACAUUACUAAUACUGUAGGAAUUGGUGAGGCCUUGACUUAAAAACUUUCUUUGUACUGUGAUUUCCUUUCGGGUGUAUUUUGCUAAGUGAAACUUGUUAAAUUUUUUUGUUAACUAAAUUUUUUUCUUAAAAUAAAAAGACUUUUUCACAA